CUUAUCACAUACAUGAUCUAUAACCCGGAAAAUAAAGUAGAUUAUAACCUACUAUAACAGUUGAAAUACACCGAUAGUGUAAACUGUUCACUACUAUAAACCCUUCAAAAUAUAAUAUCUUGGUUGAGUGAAUGUUAGCCCCUUCAGUGUUAGUUCAAUUACCUAAACACCCACUUUCAUUUGAACAGGAGAGUUUACAGUGGGAGAAACCCUGGCUAAGAUUCUUAAGUCCCUGCUUCACAGACCCAGGACAUGGUUUGCAUGAUAUAGAAAGUCCAAUGAAGGGAAUGGAAAUGGCUUUAACUUCUUGUCCUUGUUUUCUAACUAGAAUGAUAGAUGAAGAGCUGAUAAGCGCCUCACAUCGUGUGCUACAGUUGCUUGCUCUAAAACUGGAGCAAGCUAGGUGCUUUUUGCCAUCCCAUUCAAUGGUAGCUCCAGAAACAGAAGAAGAGUUUGAGAGUAUGUUUUCCAGCUUGUCCCCUGAGCCAAUUUUCCCGACGAACCUAGAUCAACCAGCACUUUUCUUCUUGUCUUGUAUCAAAAUGUGCAUAAAUCAUUUAACCAUGAGUAAACCUAUAACUAAAGGAUACAAAGAUUUACAAGGAAGUAAUGGAGCUAGCUCUAGACAAGUCUGCAACAAUUGGAUUACGGCCAUGAGCAAAAGACUGGUAUUCACAUGCAAGUGUUCAAUUUCUUUAGGUCUGGCUGUGCUACUUGGUCUGCUAUUUAAUAGAGAAAAUGGAUACUGGUCAGGCCUUACCUUAGCAAUCAGCUUUGAAACAGGAAAACUAGCAAUUUUUACAGUUGCAAAUGCUCGAGCACAAGGAACAGCUCUAGGAUCAGUCUACGGGAUACUAGGCUGCAGUGUUUUUCAAAAUUUUGCAAAACUAAGGUUCAUAGCCCUGAUCCCUUGGAUUAUUUUUACCUCAAUUCUGAGGCACAGUAAGAUGUACUCUACAGCAGGAGGAGAUGCAGCAGUCAUUGGAGCAUUACUAAUUUUGGGCAGAAAGGGUUAUGGUCCCCCAAGUGAAUUUGCCAUCGCUAGACUCACCGAGGCCUUGAUUGGAUUAUCAUGUUUUGUUAUCAUCGAGCUUGUUUUUCAACCUACAAGAGCAGCUACUCUUGCAAAAAAUCAUCUUUAUCUGUGUUUGGAAACACUAAAAGUUUGCACUAAACAAAUUGUCCUGGAUUCAGGGCAGAAUGACUUUAUAGAGAAGCAAAGGCAUCUGAAUUCUCAAGUAGAGGACUUGCAAAAGUUCAUAGUAGAUGCAGAGUUGGAACCUGGUUUCUGGUUUACGCCUUUUCCUGCUUCUUGCUACCAAAAGCUCCAUAAAUCUCUAUCAAACGUCAUGCACCUACUGUAUUUCAUGGCCAACAGUAUAGAAUCCCUCUCACAAACAUUACAUAGCCGUGAUGAUGAUAGAAAGGAUAUUCAAGAACACAUUAACAGGGACAUAGAGAUUAUCAAGGAAGCUCUAAGCUCUUCAAUGAGCUAUAUCGGGAAAACCAUUUCAAUCAGACUUUUAAGAGCUUCCCAAGAUCAGCCAGAAGAGCAGAUCUGUUAUGACCUUGAGGAGGGAAAGUCACAAUGUGAGUAUACAACUUCUUCUAUGAGUGAUAAGGAACAGAAAACUUUAAGUUAUAUUCUUGAACACUCAAAGGAGGUUGCUGAUAAGACGACGUCCAUUGAAGGCAAUGGAGAGCUCACAAGAAAGACGGUUCUUUGUUGGUGUUCCAUAGGAUUUUGUAUGAGAUGUUUGAUGAACGAAGUAAAAGAUAUAGAGGAGGGUAUGAAAGAAUUGGUGAACUGGGAAGAUCCAUUAGGCAACCCUUUUCAUUAACGAAAUUUUGCAAUAAUAUUCCCACAUUAUUUAUCUAUUUUUUAUUUUGAUAACCGAGAAAUCCUCGAGACUAGUGACGGUUCAAAACUCGAUAGAUAAUGAGUCCAUUCCUCUACCCUUCUCCAUAAUAUUCCAACAACAUUAAUAUUAGUAACAGUAAUUUUCUCAACCAAAUCACAGCAGAUACAAGAAAAAGACCUUAGUUCUGAAAUCUUUGAGCCUAAAACUUAUAUUUUCCUCUCUAUUUUCAAGCUAAACAAACUGAUAAAUCUGAACAAAGGAAGUACAUCAGCCUAACUCUAUA